AUGCUUAAGAAUUAUGGGCUACUCAUGCUUGAAAAUCUGGUCAGUGAUACAUCUAGUGAGCGAUUCUAUACUGCUGUGACAGAUGGACUAUUCAUCCUUGCAAUUAUACUGGAAAAGAACAUGUCUACAGCAGAAAUAAGGGAGUCUUCAGCAGAAAUAAUGGAGUCAUCGGCUGCUCCUCCCUCAAUAGAGUUUCCAGGGAAUGUCAACAUCUUCACGCUAGAGCAGAUCACGGCAUGGACAAGUGACUUUCGGAAUAGUAUAGGACAAGGAGGACAGGCCACAGUAUACUUGGGAAAGAUUAAUUGGCCAACUUCAAACCUAAAUGGACAUUCUAUAGCAGUCAAAAGGAGUAAAAUGACAAGUCAGGUGAAAGAUAUAGCCAAAAAUGAAGUAAAGGUGCUGUCAAGCGUGCAACAUCCUAACAUAGUACAAGUUAUUGGUGUUUGUUCAACCCCGAUUGUGCUCGUACUUGUCAUAGUUUUAGGUUGGCGAAACAUUGUUAACGCCAUGACUGGAGCUGCACUGGGGUUGCAGCACUUGCAUAACCAGCAGCUCAUCUUUAGAGACUUUAAGACAGAUAAUAUUCUUCUGGACAAGGAUUUUAGCGGAGUAUUAUGUGAUGUCCCGCCACAAUUCUAG